GAUUCAGGCACCACUACCAGCUCUUGCCUAGUUCUGUCCUUUUAAGUUGAGCUUAGGGGCAGCCAGCCAGUAUUAGGGAGGGUUAAAGAGUCUAGGAAGAGUUAAAUUAGUCGUUUCCUGAGGAGUCCAGGGCCGGUUAGACAGGAUUAGAGAGUGUAAAGCGUUAAAUUGGUCAUUUUCUGAGAGCAGACCAAGACCCGGUGAGUUACAGUCAGGGAGGGAGAGGGAGUAAACUCGCAAAGAAAGAGUUAAAAGCGGUCGUCCACCACAGUUUGAGAUGUAUUUAAAGUUAGGGGACAACAUCGAAGGUCGUCUGGUCUAAAUAAUCUACUCAAGUUAAAUUAUCGAAGUCGGGUCACUAGAUAGAGAAGCAGCUGCUCAUUUUUUGCUGUUGUUUUUACCGCCGAAUCGGGAAAAAAAAACCCCAGCAGGAAUUGAAAGAAGACGCGACACGUGGUGUUUGACAACUGAAAAGACAUCAAAUGAAAGGGAUGGCUCCUUCACUUACCCAGGCCUAUAGGAGGAGAUGGUGGAUGGCCUGCACAGCAGUGCUGGAGAAUCUGUGUUUUUCAGCUGUGUUGCUUGGUUGGGGAUCUCUGCUCAUCAUGCUGAAGAAGGAGCGCUUCUACUCGCACCUCUGCACAAAAAAUGAGACAGGAGUGCCUGAUGUUAGCCACACCAAUACAUCACAGGAAGGGCUGAGCUGUGUGGAGCAGGAAGAGGUGCUUAACCUGGGCUUCACAAUCGGUUCAUUCCUGCUCAGUGCUGCCACACUGCCACUCGGCAUCCUUAUGGACCGAUAUGGCCCCAGGCCCCUGCGUCUCACUGGGAGUGCAUGUUUUGCACUCUCCUGUGCGAUGAUGUCUGUGUCUGCAUAUAAUCCUGAAGUUCUCUCUGCCCUCAUCUUUCUUGCUCUGUCGCUCAACGGUUUUGGCGGGAUCUGUUUGACCUUCACUUCUCUCACGCUGCCCAAUAUGUUUGGAAGUCUCAGUUCUACAGUGAUGUCGCUGAUGAUUGGAUCGUAUGCGUCAUCUGCAGUCACUUUCCCUGGAGUUAAGGUGAUAUAUGAUGCUGGUGUGUCGUUCACUGUGAUCAUGUGGGUUUGGGCUGGCCUUGCUACACUGGUCUUGCUUAACUGCUUUCUGAACUGGCCAGUGGAGUCCUUCCCCACACCACAAGAGUUGGAGGAGAUGCAGAAGAUGCGUUCAGGUGACGACGCUCAAGAGCAGAUGAACCACUCAACUGACAAACUGACUGAAGCUACCCAGAACACAACAAAUACCAUUCCAUUUCGACAAUCUGUGUUUUCCCCGAUUUUCCUGUGGAGUCUGGUUACCAUGGGAAUGUCUCAGCUGCGCAUCAUCUUUUUCAUGGGAGCCAUGAACAAAAUGUUGGAGUUCCUGGUCACACAUGGCAAAUCUCAUCCCUCUGGUGAACUGGUGACUGACGCUAAAGAAAAAGUGAGCUUCUACUCGUCCAUCUUUGGCACACUGCAGCUCCUGUGUCUGGUCACCUGCCCCCUGAUUGGUUACAUCAUGGACUGGAAAAUGAAAGAGUGUGAGGAGGAGACGGCUCCUGCAAAGAGGGACCAACAGUGUAGUUCUGCCUGCAAACCAAAUCGAGACAGAAAGAUCCAAAAACUGACAAACGCCAUGAGAGCCUUCACUUUCACCAACUUGUUGCUUGUCCUGUUUGGCAUCACCUCACUCAUCGACAACCUACCUCUACAGAUUUUGACGUUUAUCUUACACACUAUGGUCAGAGGAUUCAUCCACUCCUGCUGUGGAGGACUGUAUGCUGCCGUCUACCCCUCUAACCACUUUGGUACUCUGACGGGUCUGCAGUCUAUGAUCAGUGCUGUGUUUGCUCUGCUGCAGCAGCCUCUGUUCAUCGCAAUGGUGGGACAUUGGGAAGGAGAUCCCUACUGGAUCAAUGUAGGGCUCCUCAUCUUCUCGUUGGCUGGCUUCCUGUUGCCCGGAUACCUGCUCUAUUAUCGCAAACACCUGAUACAAGAGAGGGCCGCACAAGACAAGGCGACUGGACAGACUGCUGCAGAGAGUCAAGUUCUCAACCAAACUGACACUAAGGGCAUAAAUCACCACAGUAAUGGUCACAUCCCCCAGGAGGCUUAGACCCAAAGAAGAAAGCUUAUAGGUCUUUGAGGGGGAACCAUUCAAUUUUUAUUCAUUUUCCACAGAAACUUCUAAACGGCUCCAUAUGUGGCAACUCAGCUGUUAGUCAGGACCUUAUGCGCCUUGUUAGUAGCUUCCCAUGUUGGUGCUGAAUUUCAUUGAAGCCAUGAAAUUUCAUACCUGGACAUUACACUUGUUAUGCAAGGACUUGAACAUUGUCCCUUUUACUUUUUCGCGAGGUUUCAUUAGGAGUUGUAGUUGUUGUGUAAUGCUACGACAACUUAUUUUUUAAAAUCUUAUAUUUAUACUUUAGUGUUUUUUAAGUAUUGGCUGAACCUGAUAUAUUCUCCUUUCCGUAUUGCAGUGUUUUUCACCUCCAGGGCUGCACAGUUUUAUGUCUGUAGUUAGUAAUAAAUAAUAAUCACAGUAGUAACCAUCACUUCUGGAGCUGAAUCCAGUGUGUUGAAACAAAAAAAGUAAAAAUGAAAGUGAAAAACAUAAAACUGUGCAGUGCAGGAUGGAAACAUGAUAUAUGCAAAAGUUUGGGCACGCCUGAUGAAAUUGGAUUUUGAUUUUCUAAGUGAAAACAAGUUCUCCUUUACAGUGAACACAGUCCUGCUUAUUCAGUGCACAGUCACCAUUUAUUUGCUAAAUUGAACAUGUUAGGAAAAAAAUAAACAUAAAAUAUGGCCGGUGCAAAUGUUCUGGCACAGUUUACAUAUUUAAUGUUUUAUUUUUUCCCAAUCUGUUAAACUAGGCUAAGAAAAGUGUCAUAUUUAAGUCUGGUCCCUGUCGAUAAUAUGUGAACUAACCAAGCUUUGUCAUUUGACUGGGUGUGUCCAAACAUUUGCAUACAACUGUAUGUCCUAACACACACACAAGCUCAAGGUAACUUCACUUGACUACAGACAAGCUACCUCAGCCAUUGUCUCAGUCACACUGACCCAGUGGUCAUUUGGGCAGUUUGUGACCUGUGUUUGUUUUCAUUCACUCAAGAAUGUGUGUCGAUGCAUCACAAUUUGUUUUGGUCUUUUUGUCCAUUUUAUCUUGAAAAAUUAAGAGACCAUCAAUGCAAUCAUUUCAGUAAUACCAAAGACACUGAUGAAUGAUAUAUAUAUACACACACACAUAUAUAUAUAUAUAUAUAUAUAUAUAUAUAUAUAUGUAUUUUAAAAUUUAUAUGCAAAUACCCAAAGCACCCUUAUUAAGACUCUACCAGUGAACAAUAGUCAUGAACCUUUGUGUGCUGUAUUUUCUCUUGUGCUUUUUAUGCGCUUAGCCAUUGAAAGGGAAAUUUUGAAAUUUGCUAUUGUAUUACUUUGUUACUCUAACAUAUUUGAGCCUGAAACUUUUACUGCUCUGUAAAACGCAUUGGCUGUAUUUACCCAUUCUAUUUGCUUAACUUGCUUGUAAUGCUUACGUGAUGUUAGGGUCAGGGGUUGAGAAGACUUGUCAUACCGUACAAAGACACACAGACCAUUCAGAGCACUAUGUUGUUACUGCCAAACUUCAGUCUGCUUUCUAUUACUUUUCCGUGUGCUUGCGUGGAAACAGUUCCUUGCUUGAAUGUGUGCUUUUAUAUCACUGAAUGUACGUGAGAGUGUAUGGGAAGCAACCAAAGUUAACUUCACCUUGCUGUGGGCAGGUGACAAAUGUAAGAAAUGUUUGAGGAUGUAUUAUACAUUUCCAAAUAAAAACAUGCACAAAGUACAAAAUUUCA